AAAAGUGCCAACUACAGUUUUAUUUCGCUCUUUAGCUAACGUCAUGACGAUCGACUUUUAUCAAAUCCCGGCCAGUCCACCAUGCCGAGCAGUUACUUUUACUGCACAACAGCUUGGGGUAAAACUAAAUGAGAAAUAUGUGGAUCUGUUAAAUGGAGAGCAUUUAAAACCGGAAUUCUUAAAAAUGAAUCCUCAACAUACAGUUCCAACUAUAGAUGAUGAUGGAUUUUAUUUGUUCGAAAGUCGUGCCAUUCAAGCUUACCUUGUGAAUAAAUAUGCCCCAAACCACGCACUCUACCCACAGGAUCCACAGAAAAGAGCAGCUAUCGACAAAGUGCUUUACUUUGACUCGAGUUUGUUUGCAAUCUUAAAAGACAUCAUGAUCUCAGUAUUAAGAAAGGGAGAACCUCCAAAGCCAGAAAGUCUGGAAGCCAUGCAGAAACAAUUGCAGAUCUUUGAAGAAUUUUUGGGCAAAACGUCUUAUGCUGCUGCAGAUUAUCUUACCCUGGCAGAUUUCUCAUUGGUCACAAACAUUGAACAACUUAAGGUGAUUGACUUCGAUCUGAGUGUAUUUCCAAGGAUAAACGCAUGGAUGCAAAAAUUGAAAAAGGAGGUUAAGAACUACCAUGAAAUAAACGAGGUACCGGUCCAGAAGUUCAAGGAGCAUUUGGCAUCAAGGAAACAAGUUAUGACAUCAAUCGAUGUUUACCAGAUUCCCCCCAGCCCUCCCUGUAGAACAGUAUUAAUGACAGCGAACCACUUGGGAAUUAAAGUUAACCAGAUUUCAGUGGAUUUAUUUAAUGGAGAUCAAAUGAAACCUGAAUUUCUUCGGAUGAACCCAUUGCAUACCGUUCCGACAAUAGAUGAUGAUGGAUUUUAUUUAUCAGAGAGCCGAGCAAUUCAAGCAUAUCUCGUGAACAAGUACUCUCCGAAUAAUCCAAUCUACCCAGAGGAUCCUCAACAAAGAGCAGUUAUUGAUAUGAUGCUGAACUUUGAUGUCACUUUGUUUAAUGCACGGAGAGACUAUGUGACUCCACAAUGGCGAAACGGAGAGCCUCCGAAACCGGAGAGAUUAGAAAAUUAUAAAAAAUAUCUGAGAAUUUUUGAUGAAAUUCUGGGAACAAGAAAAUACGCUGCGGCAGACCAUAUUACUCUGGCCGACUUCGCUUUGAUUGCUAAUGUUUCAUUCACUGAACUAGUGGAGUUUGAUUUUGACGAGUUCCCAAGAAUAUCUGCAUGGAUGAAGAAACUGAAAAAUGAAAUUCCAAAUUACCAUGAAAUAAAUGAUGUGCCUAUUCAGAAUUUUAAAGAAUUCAUUAAAUCUGGGAAACAAGUCCUCCUACGUCCAAAAAACUGAGAUUUUAAAAGAUAACUACGAGAAAACGAGUUUAAGUAUUCUUUUGUAAAGAUUAACACUGAGCAAUUCCAGCAAUUUUUUUAUCAUGCUUCUAUUCAAUA